AUGGGGGUGAUGGGGGGGAUGGGGCUGAUGGGGGUGAUGGGGGUGAUGGGGCUGAUGGGGGGUGAUGGGGGGGAUGGGGUGAUGGGGGGGAUGGGGGUGAUGGGGGUGAUGGGGGGGAUGGGGGUGAUGGGGGGCGAUGGGGGGCGAUGGAGGGAAGGGGCAGAGUGGUGGGCACACUCUGCCUGGGAUCGUGCUGUCAAGAGAGGACAGGUGGGCACACUCUGCCUGGGAUCGUGCUGUCAAGAGAGGACAGGUGGGCACACUCUGCCUGGGAUCGUGCUGUCAAGAGAGGACAGGUGGGCACACUCUGCCUGGGAUCGUGCUGUCAAGAGAGGACAGGUGGGCACACUCUGCCUGGGAUCGUGCUGUCAAGAGAGGACAGGUGGGCACACUCUGCCUGGGAUCGUGCUGUCAAGAGAGGACAGGUGGGCACACUCUGCCUGGGAUCGUGCUGUCAAGAGAGGACAGGUGGGCACACUCUGCCUGGGAUCGUGCUGUCAAGAGAGGACAGGUGGGCACACUCUGCCUGGGAUCGUGCUGUCAAGAGAGGACAGGUGGGCACACUCUGCCUGGGAUCGUGCUGUCAAGAGAGGACAGGUGGGCACACUCUGCCUGGGAUCGUGCUGUCAAGAGAGGACAGGUGGGCACACUCUGCCUGGGAUCGUGCUGUCAAGAGAGGACAGGUGGGCACACUCUGCCUGGGAUCGUGCUGUCAAGAGAGGACAGGUGGGCACACUCUGCCUGGGAUCGUGCUGUCAAGAGAGGACAGGUGGGCACACUCUGCCUGGGAUCGUGCUGUCAAGAGAGGACAGGUGGGCACACUCUGCCUGGGAUCGUGCUGUCAAGAGAGGACAGGUGGGCACACUCUGCCUGGGAUCGUGCUGUCAAGAGAGGACAGGUGGGCACACUCUGCCUGGGAUCGUGCUGUCAAGAGAGGACAGGUGGGCACACUCUGCCUGGGAUCGUGCUGUCAAGAGAGGACAGCCCGUCCCCACCCUUUUCCGCGCGACUAAUUUCCCCCACUCCCCGCCACAGCGCGUGCGCGGCGCCCUCGGCGCACCUUGCUGCGCGGACGGCGCCUCCGCCACGCGCGGAGGCAUGGCGGCCUGCGCGGACGAGUCAGGUCAUGGCGGAGCUGCGCGGAGUUGCGAGGGGUUGCGCGGGACGCGCCUCUCCCAGUCGAAGCCAAAGCCUUCCUCUCGAGAAAUGCUGCCGCGAUGCGCGGAUGUGGGGGAUGUGCGGAAGGAGUGCUUCCUUUGGGCUUCACCCUUCGUCCCUCAGGCCCCUCCUGCCCUCCCCGCCUGCCCUCUUGCCCCCGUCUCUCCCGCUUUCCCAUACGCCUCGCCCUUCACCCCUCUCGCCCCCAUCACCCCUCCACCUCUCGCCCUCUCCCGCCCCUUUUCUCCUCUUCCCCCGGCCCUUCUCUCGAGUUCGGUGGCUGCUGUUGGUGCUGGUUCUGGGAAGAACAGCGUUCCUCCCUCUCAGCUCAUCUGCACCGUUGAUGUGAUCCGGGACGAUCUCAUCCAUCCGUUGGCGGGCGGCAACAAGCUGCGCAAGCUGGACGGGCUGCUGCCGCCCGUUAUCCAAUCCGGGGCGACUGACGUGGUCACGUGUGGGGGCUGUCAAAGCGCACACACUGCAGCUGUGGCCGUGGCGUGUGCAGAGAGGGGCCUUAAAGCCCACCUCGUGCUAAGGGGAGAGCCGCCCAAAGUUCCUACGGGAAACACCCUCGUCUCGCACAUGUUCGGCUGCCCGAAAUACGUUUCCCGGGCAGAAUACGCGGACCGGGAGAAGGCGCUUCUUUCUCGGGCAGCUGCGGUGGCUGGGGAAGAGGGGACGGUUCAAUGGGGUGCUGGCCCUGCCACCACAUCAUCCAUGAAGUUUGGUGUGUCAGCAGCUGGAGCAGCCACGUCAGCAGCUAAAGAUGCCACGUCAGGGUUGAGUGACACGUCAGCAGGGAUGUAUGAGUCAGCAAAGGGGCAUCCACGUGUGGCAAUCAUCCCUGAGGGUGGAUCGGAUGGGCUGGCUCUGCUGGGUGCUCCGUCUCACUCGCUCCUGCCCCAGUUCUCCCCCCCUUCCCCAGGCCUCCUGCGCCUGGUACAUCUGCUCUCAGAGCAAGACAGGGAGCAUGAGCAGACGCAAGCAGGGCACAAGGAGCAGCGGAGGCGAGUGGUGGUGGUGGACAGUGGCACGGGCACCACUGCCGUUGGCUGUGCUCUUGCUGUUCAUCUGCUGGGCCUGCCCUGGCUCGUGGUGGGAGUAACUCUAGCAGGCACCACCGACUACUACACUGCACAGCAGGAAAAUCUGCUCAGAAGCUUCGCGGACCAGCUCCCCUUUCUGCUUUCUCAACCAGAAGCGCCAUUGCCUGUGACUGGCCGAGGCCAGGAGGAGGAUUCUGAUAGCACCUCAACAGAGGCAGCAGAAGGGGCAGGGGUGGCAGAAAUGGCAGAGGCGGCAGAGAGGGCAGAAGAAGCAGAGGGGGCAGAGGCAGCAGGGGAGGUGGGGCGAGCACAGCAGCAGCUGUCUGCCUGUGCCGGCGCCCUUCCCCUCGUCUGGGUGCCGCGAGAGACGCCCCGCCGCUUUGGCAAGGUUCUACCGGGUGAAAUCUCCCAGUGCUGUGAGUUCAUGCGAGCAACAGGCAUCCCUAUUGACCCCAUCUACACACUAGCUGCCUGGGAGGUAGCACACGCUUUACCACGCUCCUUCACACUCACUCAGGCUCUAGGGCAAGCCAAUGGAGGAGAGACACGUGGGCACGGGCUGGCAAAUGAAGGGGACGCUGGAAAGCCUUCUGAGUCUUGUCAACAGCAGGCUGAGGGGCAGAAGCAGCGCUCCCGAGGGCCGAGGGAUCCGAGCCAUGACGAACAGCUUGCUGAAACGCUUGCUCAGGCUCUGCUUCCGAAGCUGGGCGAGUGGCUCGGGAGCACGCAUGUGGUAGGAGACCGUGGAGGAGAGGAAAGGAGCAGCGUUGUUAGCACAGAUGAUGCGCGCGCCCGGGCCAAGGCGCGUGCCCGGACCAAGGCGCGCGCCUGGGCCAAGGCGCGCGCCUGGGCCAAGGCGCGCGCCCGGGCCAAGGCGCGCGCCCGGACCAAGGCGCGCGCCCGGACCAAGGCGCGCGCCCGGACCAAGGCGCGCGCCCGGACCAAGUCGCGCGCCCGGACCAAGUCGCGCGCCCGGACUAAGUCGUGCCCCCGGACCAAGUCGCGCGCCCGGACCAAGGCGCGCGCCCCGACCAAGGCGCGCGCCCGGACCAAGGCGCGCGCCCUGACCAAGUCGCGCGGGCCCGGACCAAGUCGCGCGCCCGGACCAAGGAGCGCGGCCGGACCAAGGCGCGCGCCCGGACCAAGGCGCACGCCCGGACCAGGGCGCGCGCCCGGACAAACGCGCGCCCGGACCAAGGCGCGCGCCCGGGCCAAGGCGCGCGCCCGGACCAAGGCGCGCGCCCGGACCAAGGCGCGCGCCCGGACCAAGGCGCGCGCCCGGACCAAGGCGUGCGCCCGGACCAAGGCGAGCCCCCGGACCAAGGCGCGCCCCCGGACCAAGGCGCGCGCCCAGACCAAGGCGCGCGCCCGGAGCAAGGCGCGCGCCCGGACCAAGGCGCACGCCCUGACCAAGGCGCGCGCCCGCACCAAGGCGCGCGCCCGGACCAAGGCGCGCGCCCAGACCAAGGCGCGCGCCCGGACCAAGGCGCGCGCCCGGACCAAGGCGCGCGCCCCGACCAAGGCGAGCCCCCGGACCAAGUCCAGCCCCCGGACCAAGGCGCGCGCUCGGACCAAGACGCGCGCCCGGACCAAGGUGCGCGCCCGGACCAAGUCGCGCGCCCGGACCAAGGCGCGCGCCCGGACCAAGGUGCGCGCCCGGACCAAGGCGCGCGCCCCGACCAAGGCGAGCCCCCGGACCAAGUCCAGCCCCCGGACCAAGGCGCGCACCCGGACCAAGGCGCGCGCCCGGACCAAGGCGCGCGCCCGGACCAAGGCGCGCGCCUGGACCAAGGUGCGCGCCCGGACAAACGCGCGCCCGGACCAAGGCGCGCGCCCGGGCGUAGGCGCGCGCCCGGACCAAGGCGCGCGCCCGGACCAAGGCGCGCGCCCGGACCAAGGCGAGCCCCCGGACCAAGGCACGCCCCCGGACCAAGGCGCGCGAACGGACCAAGGCGCGCGCCCGGACCAAGGCGAGCGCCCGGACCAAGGCGCGCACCCUGACCAAGGCGCGCGCCUGGACCACGGCGCGCGCCCGGACCAAGGCGCGCGCCCGGACCAAGGCGCGCGCCCGGACCAAGGCGCGCGUCCGGACCAAGGCGCGACUCCGGACCAAGGCGCGCGCCCGGACCAAGGCGCACGCCCGGACCAAGGCGCGCGCCCCGACCAAGGCGAGCCCCCGGACCAAUUCCAGCCCCCGGACCAAGGCGCGCGCCCGGACCAAGACGCGCGCCCGGACCAAGGCGCGCGUCCGGACCAAGGCGCGCGCCCGGACCAAGGCGCGCGCCCGGACCAUAGCGGCCGCCCGGACCAAGGCGCGCGCCCCGACCAAGGCGAGCCCCCGGACCAAGUCCAGCCCCCGGACCAAGGCGCGCACCCGGACCAAGGCGCGCGCCCGGACCAAGGCGCGCGGCCGGACCAAGGCGCGCGCCCGGACCAAGGCGCGCGCCCGGACCAAGUCGCGCGCCCGGACCAAGUCGCGCGCCCGGACCAAGGCGCGCGCCCGGACCAAGGCGCGCGCCCGGACCAAGGCCGCACCCGGACCAAGGCACGCGCCCGGACCAAGGCGCGUGCCCGGACCAAGUCGCGCGCCCGGACUAAGGCGCGCCCCCGGACCAAGGCACGCGCCUUGACCAAGGCGCGCCCCCGAACCAAGGCGCGGGCCCGGACCAAGUCGCGCGCCCGGACCAAGGCGCGCGCCCGGACCAAGGCGAGCCCCCGGACCACGUCCAGCCCCCGGACCAAGGCGCGCGCCUGGACCAAGGCGCGCGCCCGGACCAAGGCGCGCGCCCGGACCAAGUCGCGCGCCCGGACCGAGUCGCGCGCCCGGACCGAGUCGCGCCCCCGGACCAAGUCGCGCGCCCGGACCAAGGCGCGCGCCCGGACCAAGUCGCGCGCCCGGACCAAGUCGCGCCCCCGGACCAAGUCGCGCGCCCGGACCAAGUCGAGCCCCCGGGCCAAGUCGCGCGCCCGGACCAAGGCGCGCACCCGGACCAAGGCGCGCGCCCGGACCAAGUCGCGCGCCCGGACCAAGUCGCGCCCUCGGACCAAGUCGCGCGCCCGGACCAAGGCGCGCACCCGGACCAAGGUGCGCGCCCGGACCAAGGCGGGCCCCCGGACCAAGGCACGCGCCUUGACCAAGGCGCGCCCCCGGACCAAGGCGCGGGCCCGGACCAAGUCGCGCGCCCGGACCAAGGCGCGCGCCCGGACCAAGGCGAGCCCCCGGACCAAGUCCAGCCCCCGGACCAAGGCGCGCGCCUGGACCAAGGCGCGCCCCCGGACCAAGGCGCGCGCCCGGACCAAGGCGCGCGCCCGGACCAAGGCGCGCGCCCGGACCAAAGCGGCGCCCGGACCAAGGCGGCGCCCGGACCAAGGCACGCCCCCGGACCAAGGCGCGCCCCCGGACCAAGUCGCGCGCCCGGACUAA